UGCACUAGUGGCUGAAUUUAGAUAAACCAAUCCAUUGAUUGAAUAUGAUCCUAAAUUUAUCAUUUAAAUAUUGAUAUAUGGAUGAAACAUAAUACAUUUCAUUAAACUCUUUACGUUUACUUUAAUAUGAUAAUUAUUAAUAUGAUAAUUCAUUGAUCCAUAUUGUUAUUAUUUACUGUUAUUUACCAUAAAUUCAGAAUCUAGUGAAUUGAGCUUACUAUUUUUCAUUUAAUUUACAAUCUUUGAUAUAUUUUAUUAGUAUUUUAUUAGAAUAUAUACAUAGAAAAAUAAUCUUUUUGAAUUGUGAUUUUAAUUGUGUUUAUUUUCGUCAUGUGAUUUUAUUUAUGCUAGAACAUCAGUGUUUUGUAUCUUUAAAUGAACGUUGAUUUAUGAUUUAACCUAAAUUAUGAUUAACACGAAACAACAAAAAAAAACAAAAAAAAGUUUAAAGAAUUGUUAAAAAUAUUAAAAGUAUUAAUACAACAAACCAAAUGUACAUAUGUAAUAUUUUUGAAAAGAUAUAUUAUUUUUUUCUUAAUUCAUGGUAAUGAUUUCAUGGUAUAGAACUAUGUCUUCGCUCUCUUUGAAUAAAUUAAAAAAGAAAACAUCAAUAGAAAAGAUUAAUAAACAAAGAAAAAACAUUAAUCGAUUUGAUGGAUUAACAGAAGAAGAAGUACAACAGUAUACCUUGCCAGAUUAUCUAGAAAUGAAUUUGGAUUUAGUUUUUGUUGGCAUAAAUCCGAGUUUAAUGGCAGCCCAUCGUGGUAGAUAUUAUGCAGGUCCAGGUAAUCAUUUUUAUAAACUUUUACAUGAAUCAGGAUUAACACCUCGAUGUUUAAUUUAUGAAGAAGAUUAUAAACUUCUUCAAUAUGGAAUUGGUCUAACAAAUAUAGUGACCAGAGCUACAAAAUCUUCCGCUGAUUUAAAACGUACAGAAAUCAAAGAGGGUUCUAAAAUCAUAGAAGAGAAAUUAAAACUUUACAAACCAAAGAUUGCUGUUUUUAAUGGCAAAUGUAUUUAUGAAGUAUUUGCUAAUAAAAUGGGUAAUUUUAAUUUUGGAUUACAAUUAGAACGCAUUAAUGAAACUGCAAUUUGGGUCACUCCAUCUAGUAGUGCUCGUUGUGCAAACUUUCCAAGAAUGAUAGAUAAAUUACAUUUUUUUACUGCAUUAAAAAAAUAUUUACAGUUCUUAAAAGGAGAAAUCAAAGACAUUGAUAUACAAGAAUUUUUAUUUGAAGGAAAAUGCAAACAGUUUAUUCCAAAAACAUCAAAAAUGUGGAGACGAAAAAAUGUUUCUGCAUUUUUACAUGGAGGAAGAAUUGCUAAUAAAGAUACUAUAUGUUUAGAUACAUCUGAUGAAAAUAUUGCAAUAGCUUAUAGUACAGAAUUCGUUGUAAAGAAAUUUCAAUCUAAUGAAAAUAAUAAAACUAAUGAAAUAUCUGAAACAAGUGAAUCUGAUUCAUCACAAAAUUUUGAAGAAUGUAUUUCGCAAAAUAUUGUAAAAACGUUUUUUGAAAAUGAUAAAUUUUCACAAAAAAAACAUUUACUAUUAUUAAAUAAUGAAGAAACAAAAACAAAUCAAAUUUCAACUAAUAAUUUAAAAAAUAUAAAACAAAGAGUAAAAACAAAAACUAAAAUGAAAAAAAAUUUUUCUCAAAAACCAAUUAAAAAAAAAGAUUCUAAAAAUAAUAUUGAUACAGAGUUCAUAAAUUUGAUAAAACAAAGACUGGAAAAAAAAAAUAAUUAUCUUGAUGAAUAAAUUUAAUUUUUUUAUUUUAUAAUUUAAUAUUAAAUAAUAAAAAAUAUAAUAUAAGUAAUACAAAUGAAAUUUUUUAUAUAAAAUUUAUUAUUAAUUAAAAAAUUAAAGUUGUAUUUCAUUAGAUUGUUGAAUGAAUGAUGAAAAAAAAUAUCAAGAUUUGCAAUAAUAUAAAAUGUAUUUAUUUAAAUUUAAGAAAAAGUGGAUAUACAAAUAUAACUUUCUUUAAUUCAUAAUAUAAAAGAAAUAUAUGAAUAUUUUAUGUCUUAUUUUAUCCUAGCCAUAUAAUUAUUAAAGUAAAUAAAAAUUAGUAUAAAAAUAUGAUAUAAUAACUAUAAUACAAAAAUAAGAAAAUGGCUAGUAAAAGGAAUGCAGAUCUGAUUGAUAUUUUAUAAAUAUUUUAUAAAUAAAAUAACCAGAUUAAGAUAAUUUAAUAGUCUUUUCUCACAUAAAUUUUUAUCAGAAAUUAAAACUGUCAUAUUUUAAAUUAAAUCACAUAACAUAUACCAAAAACAGAAAUCUUAAAGGAUUUAAAAUUUGAUUAGAUAUGACUCAAGAUAUGUCAAAAUGUUUACUAUUAACACUUUUAAGAAGAUAAAAAUCAAAAUAUUGCAGAAAAUUUAAUAAUGAUUUGGAAUUAUCACAGAUAGAACAAAAUUCCCCUUUAUCUUUAUGCCAUUCUGUUAGCUAUUUUCUCAUUUUUUUAUAAUAUAUUAUAUAUAUAUAUAUAUAUGUAUAUAUUAUUUAAUUGAGGAAUUUUGUUAAUAUUAUAAUUUUGAUUUACUUGCUUCUAUAAGUGUUUUUAGUUUUUGAGUAAGCAUAAUAUUUCCAGUAAUCUUUAAUUUUUGUCGAACGAAUGCCACUUGUGGAUUCAAUUUACCCAAAGCCUGAAUGAAUAAAAUAAAUUAUAAAUUAAAUAUAUUAUUUACAUGUUUGAAAUAUAAAAAAAAAUUUACCAUUUGAAUCAUGUCAGCAUCUUCAAGAGUCAAUGUUGCAUCAGGCUUUGAUUUUGGUUCUCCUCUAUAUACUUCAGAUUUUUUCAAAUCCAAAGCUUUAAAACAAUAAAAAAAAUUAAGAACAAAGUUCAGAGAUUAAUAUAAAUUUAAAAAAGAAAAAAUAUAGUUACUCCAUUGUGCUUGAAGUUUUCCUUUUACUAAAAUAUGAUAAAGAAAUACUCCAUUGAUUUUUUUAACUUCAUCUGAAUUUGCUUUUACAUAUUCAGCAAUUUUAAAAAAUACUGCAUCACUUUCAAGAGAUAUGUUAUUGAUAUCAGAUGAAAGAUUUUCUUUUGAUUGUAUGGAUGUUAUAUUUGUUAAAUCAACAUAACCACCUACAAAAAUUCAAAACAUAAUUUUUAAUAAUUAUAUUGAAAAGAAUCGAAAAAAUAUUGAAAUAAUUAUAUUAAUCAAUUUAUGUAAAAAAAAUGUAUGAAAUAUCAUGCAUUUUCAUAUUUUUAAUAAUUUUUUUAAAAAUAUAGAAACUUAUUUUUUAUUUAUUUAUUUUUAUAUUUGUUUUUAAAAUAUGAUUAAAAUUAAUACAUGAUAAAAUUAGCAUAUAAAGCUUAAAUAAUUUAUAAUUUUACAAUUAAUUAAUUAUUACCUGAUAAAACUAAUAUAUUUUCUUCCACAGUAUGUGUUUGAAAAUGUAUUCUAUUACCUUCUUGCCACAUAUCCGUUCGUAAUGUUUGACCUGGGAUUACUGGUUUUGCAAAACGUGUCUAUGAUAUUCAUUAAAUAAAUUAAUCUAUAUAAAAAAUCUCUAUUCAUUUAAAUACAUAUAAUUUUGAUCUUUUUACUGUAUAGAUAUUAUAAAAUUAUAAAAUAAAAAAAAUAAUUAAACAAUA